CUUCAAGGAAUCUCCCUAACGUGUAGUUGUGAGGUUAAGGUCGGGCUUGUUGAGAACGAAAGACACUAAUCGGGGAAAAGGAGCGUCUGCUAUUAGUAAUCACGCCUUAAAAAAUGGACAUAGCAGACAAAAAGUCAACACUCUGGCAUCAGAAAUCUCUUGAAGAACAAGCAUCUCGUCUAGAGACACAAUCUUCGUUGUCUCAAACAUCAGAUAUGAUCGCACGCGUGCUCGUCAUUUACACUGGCGGAACGAUCGGAAUGAUAAACAAGGACGGAGCCUAUGUGCCAGAAGCCAAAUGCCUUGUGACUAAGCUACGAUCACUAUCCAUUUUCCAUGAUGAAGAUUUUGUUCUUGGCCAUCUGUCUCCAGAGAAUCAGAAAAUCUUCCUUGCACUCCCGGCUCCUAUGGAUGACGGGAGCAAGCUGGUAAAGGAAAAAAGGCGCAUUGUUUAUAAAGUGAUAGAGUUUGAACCCCUGCUAGAUUCAUCCAACAUGACUGGAAAUGACUGGAUAAAGAUUGCGGAGUGCAUACAGAAACAUUAUGACAAGUAUGAUGGAUUUGUGGUUCUACAUGGCACAGACACAAUGGCUUACACUGCUUCUGCUCUAUCGUUUAUGUGUGAACAUCUUGGCAAACCAAUCAUUCUGACUGGUUCACAAAUUCCAAUUUUUGAGGUGAGAAGUGAUGGGAGAGAUAAUUUUCUGUCCUCUUUGAUCAUUGCUGGAACUUACCCCAUUCCUGAGGUGCUGCUGUGCUUCAAUGAAAAAGUGUACCGUGGUAACAGAUGCGUCAAGUCAGACAACUCCAGCUUCUCCGCUUUCUCCUCUCCCAACAUGCCUCCCCUUGUCAGAUUAGAAAUUGAUAUUUUUGUGGAUUGGCCAGCAGUGUUUUAUACUGGAGAGACAGAGAAGUUUAGAAUCCACACUAAUAUGUGUCAAAAUGUGGGCAUAUUGCGCCUGUUUCCUGGAAUCACAGCACAGACAGUGAGGGCUUUUAUGCAGCCUCCAAUGCAGGGUAUUAUCCUGCAGACUUAUGGAGCUGGAAAUGCACCAACCAAUCGGGCAGAUCUUCUUGAUGUGCUUGAGGAAGCUUGCAAGUGGGGUGUACUGAUUGUUAACAUCACUCAGUGCAGUCGUGGCAAUGUCAAUGCAGCUUAUGCCACUGGAGUGGCACUGCAGAAAGCUGGUGUGAUACUUGGUGGAGAUAUGACAACAGAGGCAGCUCUGGCCAAGCUAAGCUAUGUCUUGGGAAAAGGUGACUGGUCCAUGGAAAAACGAAAGAAGAUGCUGGGGCAGAACCUGCGUGGUGAGAUGACAACAGUAGCACAGGAGACCUUGUCUUUUAUGGACCAUGACCUCAUUGAGAGUGUUGCCCAAACACUUCAUCUGAGCACGCAUGAGGAGGUGAACAAACUGAAGGAUGCUCUCUUUCCCAAUCUCAUGUGUGCUGCUGCUAAAAAUAGUGACAUUCCUGCCUUGGAAAAACUCAUUGAAGCGGGCAGUCAUUUAUCAGCACCAAAUCAAGAUGGUCGAACUGCUCUUCAUGUAGCCUGCCACAGUGGAGAUCUCCGGCUGGUACAGUUUCUGCUGAACAAUGGAGCAUCUGUGCAUGUGCGGGAUUAUCGAGGCGACAGUCCAUUGAUUGAUGCAAUACAUGCAAAAAACUUGGACAUCAUUUAUUUGCUUGUACAGACAGGCGCUGUAAUACCCUGGUCCAAGUCUGCAAUAGCUUUACAUUUGUGCAGUGCUGCCGCACUCAACGACCUCAACACUAUCAAAGCUUGGCAUGCUGCUGGAGCUGACCUCAAUAGUUUUGACUACGACUAUCGCACUGCCCUUCAUGUCGCUGUGACAAGUAAUAGAAAAGAUGUAGCAGAGUUUCUGAUGAAGAAUGGUGCUCACUGCAAUCUUCAAGAUGUCUUUGGUUUGACUGCAUUGACUAUAGCCCAGAAACUGGGUUACACAGAGCUACUGAGUAUACUGAAUCCUGAUGGACAUCUUUGUGUGGAACCAAUUGAGAACUUGCUGUCUUGUAAUCACACUUCUUCUUUAUGACCAUUACACUGGAUUUUCUGUGAUGUAUAGAGAGGAAUCAUGCCAAACAAAAAAAUUAGACAUAUCAUUUAUUCUAUCAUUUUGCCAGAGAAACUUUGGGGAAACAAAAUAUUCUUUAUUGCAUGGUACAUUUUUAUAUUUGGACAUACAUACUACCACUAUCAUCAUUAUUGUUAUAUUUAUUUUGAAUGGAAAUGCAGUUAUCAUGUGACAUUAAUCUCUUCCUAUACACAAAUGCUGAUAACUGUAAUUCCACAUAACACUGCCCAUUUUAACUGAUGUCAGUUUAAUUUAUUUAGAACAGUGGUGGUAUUGGCUUAGUCAUAAAGACUCCUGGAUGGUCCCACUUACACUGAAAUCUGUUUGAAAGUUUUUUCCGGAAAAUCCCUGCAUAACUAGCAAUCUUGCAUCAGUGUUGAAUUCUUUUGUAGUUUGUCAAGGUCAUUCACAGGACUGUAAUACAGUUUUGUAAUUGUAAAAUAUCUGGGUUCCUUUUGAUUGAGAAAUGCUUACAAGAUGAAGUGCUAAGAACUGACUGUCCAUCUUUCAGAUAUUGCAGCAGUUUAAUGUGUGACAUUUCUGGAAUGUAAAUUGUGUUAAUUUCAUUUUAAAUACAAAGAAUCUCAUUUUAAAUAUCUCUAAAAGUGAUAAAUUCAAGUUUGUAAACUAUGUAUACAUAUCUAAAUCAAAACAUGUUAGAUUAUAUGCUGAGAGUGGAUUUUGAAAUAACAGUUUAGUAUAUUGAUAUACAUUCAGCUGAUACUGGGAGUUUCAUAUAUGUACUCGUUGUGUGACACUUUAGGCAGGGAUCUACUUUGAAUGCUAUUUCUUACAGCAGAAUAUGCACGUUACAAAUUCUGCAUAUAAAAAAAAGUGAAAUGCUAUCAGAUUUAUGUUGGGUUAAUGGUACGAUAGUGAAGAUCAUGUAGAGCUUAUGCCAAAGAUGCUUUCUGAGCUUUUCAGGAUUUGUAAUUUAUUUAUUUUAUUUUUUUUUUACAAAAUUAUUGAUGAGGUUUCUUGUGGAGUUAAAGUGCAUUAAUUUGAUAGUAGAAUCAAAGAAUCUCACUUGCAGUGUUUUUCUUUUUAAUUUAAAAAAUAUUUUACAUCUUUUAAAAAUGAUAGUCAAGUGCACAAACUGUAUAUAUAAAUUAAGACAUAAGAUAUGGUGCAAAAGUGGAUUAACAGUUUGAUAUUCUGAUUGUUUGCAUUUAUUAGUGCCUGAUGUAAACAUUUUGGUGAUACUGAUUUUGUUUAGAUUACUAAAUCAUCUUUGCUGUCAUUUGCUGCUUUGCAUUUUGUAUUAAACUCCUGAUAGCUGGGUUCAUAUGAUAGCCAGAUAAUCAAGAGUAGUAAACUCCUUGGUUUUGAGACUAUAUGAUGCUCAUUAUUACCACAUCCACAUCAUACAGUAAGGUAUUUGUUAAAUCACACAAUGAAAUUUGGAUCCGUACAGUUGUUAAACACCUUCUUCUACCCAUCCACCCCUUUAUCCUCAUCAAAAAAGUCCUUUGUCUGAUCCCAUUUACAGAUAGACAAUUUUCAUAUACCAGCUCUCUCUGAACAUUUUGUUAUGGAGGUUUUCCUCAUCCACAGUCUGUGGUAGAAAGCUUGAUCCUAUUCCACCCAGUGCUUCAGGUGCUCUGGCUGUAUUAAAUUGUUAUAUUUAUACAGGCGGCUCUAUAUAAUAGUAAGACGGAAUCAUCCAGAAUACAUAGAUUCCAUUAAUUCAAUCAUUGAUACACAGUUCCAGGAUGAAGGCGUUUUUUUUUUUUUUGGGGGGGGGGGGGGUUGUUCAUUAACUUUAUCUUACUUAUGGGUUUAUGGCAACAUCAGAAUUGUUGCCAUGUUUUUAAUUCAUUUUUCAGAAUCUCAGUUUGUCAGUCUUGAUCUUGGUGUUUCUUCAGGGUACUUUCAUGUACCAGGGUAAAGGUGAAACUUUAUAUUUUAUCUCAUUUUAUGAACAGUCACAGAAUAUUGAUAUCCAUUGCAGUUUAUCGAUAAACUUGAUGUACAUAACAGUUGGUGUACAAACACCUAUAGUUAAAGUUACCUUGGUAUGUGAUUUUCAGAUGCAAAAGCUUUAUUACUUUUUGUUAGCAAUUCUGUUUAUCAUGUAGCUUGGAAAAUAUUUUUAAAGCAAAAACUGUUCUGGAUGUAGUAGACCCUUGCUAAGCAGGUCUGAAAAAGCAAGAUCUCUUAUUUUUACACUUUGGCGUAAAGCUUCAGAAUACCUUUUUUUGUAAUGAACUAGUGACCAAGGUGGCAAACUAUAAUCACAUCAGUGACUUGAAAUCCUUUUCAUAAACCCUUCUUUUCAGACUCUUUAAGGCCAUGACAAAACAGUGACCAUUGUUGAAGAAAAACUGAGAGAAUCUUAGACAUUUUUGGAGGAGAAAGGAUGAUUUUCAUUUCUAAUUUUUACGCUGCAAUAAAACAUUGUGGCACACAAGAAACACUUCUGGGUAACCUAAAUGUCUUGUCAUUUUUUUUUUUUUAAAAUAAAUAUGCCGAGAAAACCUCUAUUUGCUACACUGAGGUCAUGACAAUCCUUUUUUAAAAGCAUGUUUUUU